CCGACAGCGCUUCAUAAAAACCAACCCCCAUUGCUCGCCCACCCUCGCAAUCCCUCCCGCCCACCGUCGAGGUUUCUUUAAGACUCUCUCAGGCUUCGAGCACAGGUCUGCAUAGCAAUCAUGGCUGAGCAGUUGGUUCUCCGUGGUACCCUUGAGGGCCACAACGGCUGGGUUACCGCCCUGGCGACUUCAAUGGAGAACCCUAAUAUGCUCCUCUCCGCCAGUCGCGACAAGACUUUGAUCAUCUGGAACUUGACCCGUGACGAGACCGCAUAUGGAUACCCAAAGCGAAGCCUCCACGGCCACUCUCACAUCGUCUCUGACUGCGUCAUCUCCUCCGAUGGUGCUUAUGCUCUCUCCAGCUCCUGGGACAAGACUCUUCGUCUGUGGGAGCUCUCCACCGGCAACACCACCCGCACCUUCGUCGGCCACACCAACGAUGUCCUCUCCGUCUCUUUCUCUGCCGACAACCGCCAGAUCGUUUCCGGAUCUCGUGACCGAACGAUCAAGCUCUGGAACACCCUCGGAGACUGCAAGUACACCAUUACCGACAAGGGCCACACCGAAUGGGUUUCCUGCGUCCGCUUCAGCCCCAACCCUCAGAACCCCGUCAUCGUCAGUGCUGGCUGGGAUAAGCUCGUGAAGGUCUGGGAACUCUCCACCUGCCGCAUCCAGACCGACCACAUCGGUCACACUGGUUACAUCAACACCGUCACCAUCUCCCCCGACGGCUCCCUCUGCGCCUCCGGCGGCAAGGACGGAAUCACCAUGCUCUGGGAUCUUAACGAAUCCAAACACCUCUACUCCCUCCAGGCCGGAGAUGAGAUCCACGCCCUUGUCUUCUCUCCCAACCGGUACUGGCUCUGCGCUGCUACCUCCAGCUGCAUCACUAUCUUCGACUUGGAGAAGAAGAGCAAGGUCGAUGAGCUUAAGCUCGACUUGGUCGAGGGUGGCAAGAAGAGCGGCGAGCCUGAGCCAAUCUCCUUGGCCUGGUCCGCGGAUGGCCAGACUCUCUUUGCUGGUUACACUGAUAACAAGAUUCGCGCUUGGGGUGUGAUGUCGCGGGCAUAGAAACCGAACUAGGUGUAUCCUAGAAAAUUGUUAAAUCAGUAAACAAGUAAUGGGCUGGGAUGGACGAGCGAUGAGCAAUGACUUUUUUCCUCGAAAUCACAAAAGAAACCAACGGUUGGAGUUUGGGAACGAUAAAAGAAUGGAAACUUUUGAAGAGUGAAGAUUCCGUUCUUUCGUUGGUCCCCUUUUCCAAAUGUCGGAUAUAAAAGGGCGUCCUGGUCCAACGAGGGUAGGAAGAGUAAUUAGCCAUGGAUACGGGGGUUGGUGUGUCUCCCAAUUUACUGGCUUCCUUUCUAUUUGUCCUCUACUUUUUCCUUGUUGUGCACUUGUUGGUAGAUAUACGGAGUAAAUCCCGUUAUGUUCAACUAGGCUCCUUUUUUCCC